GGAAGGGUGGGAUGGUUCGAGCGCUGAGAGCUGGAGCCUCCCUGCAAGCAGCCCUGGUGCAUUCCCUGGUCCCAGCACCGCGCCCUCGUAGCGGCGCUCGGAGCCGAGCCAGGAAAAUCCCGGGGAGCUGCGGGAGCCUCCGGCUACCCCUGGCAACUCUGUUGUGCCGCUGCCACCACCUCGGCUGUCCCGGCCCCUGGGCGAAGAGGAGGCGCCGGCCGAGAUGGACUCGGAGCUGGAGAAGCGGUUGCGAGCGACUUUCCGGGACAAGCUGCGGCUGCUCCCAGCCGAGCUGCUCGCAGCCCGGGGCAGCCCGGGGGCCGCGCGGGACCCCGCCACGCUGCUGCCAUCAUCCACCCGUGUGCUGCUCAAGAGGCGGCAGCUGGCGGAGCUGGAGCGGGAGCUGCAGAGCCGGCGGCAGGAGUUCCAGCAGCGGAUGCAGCGCCUGGCGCAGCGCCGGCAGCAGCUGGCCCGGAGGCAAGAGCAGCACCGCGAUGCCGUGCUCAGCUUUGACUCGUUCCUUAAGGCGGUGGCCGCCAGGCGGGAGCGGGCGCUGCGCCGGGCGGACUCGCAGCGGGCGGCGGAGCGGGCUGAGGCUGCCCGGCUGCAGCGGGAGCUGGAGCAGCUGCUGCGGCGCAGGGAGCGCCUGGCCCGUCGCCUGCGGAGCCUCCGGCCCUUCGGGGACUACCUGCGGCGCGUGCUGGCCAUCACGGGGCAGUUCCAGGACGUGCCGGCCAUGCUGGAGCAUUUCGGGGUGCUGGCGGGGGUGCGGGCAGCGCUGGCACGGGAGGCAGAAGCCGGGCAGGAGCUGCUGGCCCAGGGCAGGGCACAGCUCGAGCGGUACCGGCAGGAGAGCAGCACCCAGCUCCUGGACACCAGGAAGGAGCUGGCCCGGCUGCACACACGGCUGGAGGCUGCUCGCCACGAUGUGCUGCAGUGGGAGUCACGCUGGGCCCACAUCCAGAGCACAGCCACCCAGAAGAGCCUGCUGCUGGGGCAGAUCAAGCUGGCUGUGCUGAACCUCUUCCAGCAAACCACUGCACAGCUUAGGAUUCCCAUGGACAGAGCCCAGGAGGACACGAAGGCCCAGCUGGACAUGGUGCUGCGCUGCAUGCAGGACCUGGCUGACAUCCGUGCCAUGGGCACAUACCCACAGAACCACACGAGUGCCAGGCUGCUUCAGGGCCAGGAAUAGACCCUGGGGACACCUGCCUGCUCCUGGGGCUGGGGAGAGGCUGCCAGGGCCAGCAUGGAGCCACAGGACCCCUGGGGAAGGAGAUAAUUCCCUGCAAGUCUGGAAACCCCAUGCUGAGAGGCAACAUGGAUGGCAGUGCCACAGGCACACUGGCGUGGCACCACACCCAGGCAGGGCCAGGGCACUUCUGAGGUUCCCUCCUGCACAAACCACCCCAGGCAGGAGGAGAAGGAGGAGGGAGCUGCUGUUAGCAUCCCUGAAG